UUCUUUAAUCGAUUUACACAUUAUUCGAAAAUGUUAAUCAUAGUCUUUUGUUAUUACAUUUAGGAUAUUGAAUAUAAUUUUUAUCGCUGUAAUGACAACUGCCAGGAAGAUUAAUUGGGUCCGACCACCUGUUACGGAUAUUAUUUAUUCCAAUGAUUUUGAGACAGAUGUUACAACAAUAAAUUUAACAAACAAUUUUCCAGAAAAGAUUAUUCCAUCACCUGACGGAUUUGUAAAAACUGACGCGCAUUCUUCGUUUAUUUCCGGAGAAAAUGUAAGAUAUGUACAGCCUUUAAAAGACAACAUUGACAGCAAUCCGUGUGCUCAAAAACAAGAAAUAUAUAUCGACAAAAAUAAAAAAUAUUCUCCAUAUGUACGACAAUUAAUUAAAGUCCCAAAUUUUGAAAGAAUUCAAAUACACCCACAAAAUCGUCAAUCGAACGCUUUGAAGGAGCGAUUAACAUCAGUGGCGAACAUCAAUAGCACGCGGUUAAAUCUUGAUAUUAAUAAUUGCGGUGUCACGGAAAAAUUGUUGGAAUUCGACGAAAAUGUCAACGAGACAAACACCCGUUAUGAAAUGCAAUCGAUGGUAUCAUCAUCAAUGUCGAAGGAUGUCCCCACAACGCCUGCGGUUAAUUCCUUCGAGCAGAAAACACCGUCAGAGACAUUUCUCUCGCUCGAUCGCAUUUCCACUCAACCGAUCAAUAAAAACACACCGACAAACAAGUCUGAGGCACCGAGAAACGACGGCGAUAUCAACGUAUUUAAAUUAAAAAGAAAUCCGUCGUUUUCGGAAAAGGAGCAAGAAAAUAAGCAAUUUGUGAGUCGCAAAAUAAACUCGCAACCUAUUCGCGAAUCGCAAAAAGAAACGAAUUUGAAUCACCGUCUGUUUUCGCUCAUCGAGAAUAUAGUGGAGAUCACUCCAAGAAGGGGCGAUCCUCUUCAAGUAUCGACGCGUAAUAAACGAAUGAAUGCGCCUAUCGUAUCGCAAAAAGAUAUCCUGAACAAAAACAGUGAGGAAGCGGAGUAUAAAAAUAAUACCACUAAAAAGAAAAACACGAAGCCGUCAUUGCAAAAUGAUCAAUCUGAGGUGACAGUCAAGGAGAAAAGAAAAGGAUCUACAAAUAAGAAUGCAACGAAGGAUUCUACAUAUGCGAUUACUGCAACUCCUCCGAUGAAAAAAAUUAGUUUCCGGCCUAAGUCUUUUACCGUGAGAUUUAAGUCACGUAAAGAAGAACGUAACUCUACGAGAACCGGCAAAUUUCAGAAUUUCAAUCGAUUCUCCUCAAGUCAUUUUCAACACUUUUACGAUGCAAAAAAAGAUCUUUUAGCGAAAAUUAAUAAUAUAACUGUAGUUGGAAAGAUAAAAUCGACACGUUUUGAAUUUCUCUCAGACGCCUCUCAGGCUUACUUGUCCAGGAAGAAAAAAGAAAAGGCUUUAAAAAACCCCAAGGCAAGAGAUCACGUAUUAGACAUUAGAAUGUCUAACGUCAGUGCACUCAAUGAUUCUAUAAGUGUCAACAAAAAUGAUUCGUCCGAAUAUUCAGCAUCAAAUUUGCAGAAUGCAUCUCUUGUAUCGAACAAGAUUGUAUCUCAUUUAAAUAUGUCUUCACAAGAAAUUGAAAAAUCAAUACAGACGAAAGCAGUGUAUAAUAAUGACACAGCACCUUUGACACUUGAAAACAACUCGAAAGUGUCAUCGGAAGCGAUUGUGCAAAAAAUCACCGAGAAUUUAAAGCAAUUAUCCGAUAUAAAUAGAGGUAAUGCUCAGAAAUAUUUUAGUACUAAAUCGCCAACUGAUAAUCAAUAGAAUCUAAAUAAAAUCGAAACCAUGCAUCCUUCCGAGUCGAGUUUAUCUGUAAACGCGGCAAUGCCAGAUAGAAGAACAUGACAAAUUCAUAUCGCGAGCAAAAUUUAGACACUGA